UUAAAAUAUUGUAGAGAUGGGAAUAUGAGGGACUAUAUAAAUCAACAUGAGAGUAAUAUAAGCUGUGAAUUAAAAAUUGAUUAUUUAUUACACAUAUCAAGAGGACUACUAUAUAUUCAUAAUUAUGAAAAAAUUCAUAGAGACCUUCAUUCAGGCAACAUCUUAUUUGAUGAUGGUAUUCCAUAUAUAAGUGAUUUAGGUUUGUGUCAACCAGUAAAUUAUGAAGGGCAAGAAAUAGUUUAUGGAGUAUUGCCCUAUAUAGCACCGGAAGUUUUACGUGGACAUAAAUAUACGAAAGCAGCAGAUAUUUACUCAUUUGGAAUAGUAAUUAAUGAAUUUAUAUCUGAAGAAAUUCCUUAUGACAAUGAUACUGAUGAUCAAUUUUAUUUAACUGUUAAUAUAUGUAAAGGGUUUAGACCAAAAAUUUCUGAAUAUACACCAAAAUUAUUAGCAGAUCUGAUCACCAAAUGUUGGGAUGGUGAACCAGAUAAGAGGCCGACAAUUCAGGAAGUUGUUAUAACUUUA